UCCUAUUCUAAAAACCGUCAUGCAAAGCCUUCUCUACACCGUAGGUUCCCUUCUCCUCCUUCUCCUUCUCAACCACGAAGGUGGCUUUACCGGAGCCGCCGAUGCUGAACAUAACUUCAGAGCCACCGAUUUCCAUACUCAUCGCCAUCGUCGCAACCAUGGCCACCGUCGUGGAGAAGAGUUUGAAUACUCAGCCUUAUCGUGUAGAGCUUACUCAGCGUCUCUUGACGAGUUUGGCGCCGUAGGAGACGGUGUGACCUCAAAUACGGCUGCGUUUCGCGAUGCAGUUUCUCAGCUUAGCCGCUUCGCAGACUACGGUGGCUCAUUGUUAUUUGUUCCCGCCGGACGGUGGCUCACCGGAAGCUUUAACCUCACUAGCCAUUUUACGCUUUUCCUCCACCGUGAUGCAGUUAUCCUCGCCUCCCAAGAAGAAAAUGACUAUGAAGUGAUAGAGCCAUUGCCUUCGUACGGACGAGGGAGAGACACAGAUGGUGGAAGAUUCAUCAGUCUACUUUUCGGUUCCAACUUAACCGACGUGGUUAUCACCGGUGAGAAUGGGACGAUUGAUGGACAAGGAGAGCCAUGGUGGGGAAAAUUCAAGAGAGGAGAGUUAAAAUACACAAGACCAUAUUUGAUUGAGAUUAUGCAUUCUGAUGGUAUCCAAAUCUCCAAUCUCACAUUCUUGAAUUCUCCUUCUUGGCAUAUUCAUCCGGUCUACAGCAGCAACAUUGUUAUCCAAGGCUUGACGAUAUUAGCACCGGUCACGGUACCAAACACUGACGGGAUCAACCCUGAUUCUUGUACAAACACGAGGAUCGAAGACUGCUAUAUUGUCUCUGGCGACGAUUGCAUCGCCGUGAAAAGUGGAUGGGAUCAGUACGGAAUCAACUACGGCAUGCCAACAAAACAGCUCUUGAUCCGACGGCUCACAUGCAUUUCCCCCGACAGUGCAGUGAUCGCUCUUGGCAGCGAGAUGUCCGGUGGAAUUGAAGAUGUUCGAGCUGAAGAUAUUGUCGCCAUCAACUCUGAAUCCGGAAUCAGGAUCAAAACUGCUAUUGGUCGCGGAGGGUACGUGAAGGAUGUGUAUGUAAGAGGCAUGACGAUGCAUACGAUGAAAUACGUUUUUUGGAUGACCGGAAGUUACGGUUCGCACCCCGAUGAGCAUUAUGAUCCGAAGGCUUUACCCGUGAUUCAGAACAUUAAUUAUCAAGACAUGGUGGCAGAGAACGUGACGAUGCCGGCACAAUUGGCUGGGAUUACGGGAGAUCAGUUUACUGGGAUAUGUAUCUCUAACGUGACUAUCACGCUUUCUAAGAAACCUAAGAAAGUGCUUUGGAAUUGUACUGAUGUAUCCGGUUAUACAAGCGGUGUGACUCCGGAGCCGUGUCAGUUGUUGCCGGAGAAGCAGCCUGGGAGUGUUGUGCCGUGUAAUUUCCCUGAAAGUCCGAUUCCCAUUGAUGAAGUGAAGCUCCAACGUUGUUACUCUAGGAGAAGGCUUAUGUGAAGAUGACAACGCUUUAUCUUUUCUUUUACAAAUACAUUUCUUGGAUUAUAAGUUAACGUGUUAUCAAAUGGGAUGGACUUUAUUGAAUAAAUAACAAAACUGCAUGGGA